AUGCGUACGCCUGGUAGAGGGCAAAUACAGGAACUGGAUCCUGACAGAGAAUUUUUUAACUCCGAUGAAGGCAAGAAAGCACUGGAAAGUCUUUAUAGUGCUAGGGAAGUUAUAUCCAAUCUCAUACAACAAGAAUUUGGUCACGUGAGAUAUUCAACAGACGAUGAAGAAUAUUUAGGUAUGAAUGACCUCAAAUCAUCCGAGGACCCUUCAAUAAUGAUUGAACUUAAAAAGAAAAUUUUUACGCCAGUAAUGGAAAAAGAACAAUUGCAUGAGGAAAGUGUCUCAGCAAUAGAGACUGAAUGGCGAAAUUUGAUGUUUGACAUGCAAAGUACGUUACAAGCAACAUUUUCAUUUUUAUAUGAUUCAUCAAAAAUGUGGGAAAGACAUUUCUCGAGAACAAAAGAAGCAAAAAAUAUGAUAAACAUGAAGCUUAUUUCUUUAAUUGCUCAACAUUCAGUCACCGAAGCGGAACUGGAAAAGGAAAUAAAUAUUGCGAUUGAUUCUCUUAGGCAAGAGCCAACGGACGAAAAACUAAAAUAUACAUUGCAUAAAGUGUACGGAUUGCUAGGAGAAAUCGAAGAUCAAUAUGCAAAACAUUUUGCUGAACAACAAUCUAUUAUAGAAAGAUAUAGUAAUAUAUCGGAAGCAGAAAUUAAGUUGUUACAAAGUGAAAUAGAAGAGUUUCUAAAUAUUUAUCCGAAUGAAUAUUUUAAUGACUAUUUCUUACGACGUCAAGAUCAGUUGAAAAGUAACAUCUCGGGGAAGAAACCUGAAGAAAAAGAUAAAGAUGAAUCUGAAUCAAGUAAUCUUCCACAUCAACUACGAAAAUGUCACUACCAAACGGAUGCGCUUAGAAACUGGAAACUAGGGUUGCGAGAGGCUAUAUUAUUUUACCAGAUAGUUUGCAACAAGGAAUUGGAAAGGAACAUGAAAAGAUGGGUGGAUAAACAAUUGAAUUCCUUAACACGCAGUUUUGAAGCUAAACUUACAGUACACCGAUCCCGAUUUCAAAGAGUGAAAACAGAAAUUCAUGAUCUUCGACUGGCGGAACUUGAAGCCCAUAUUCAACGUUUCGAGAGUCAUGUGUUGGGAGUUCAGCAGCAGACAUAUGAACUUUCUGAAACUUUACAGAACUAUUUUAGAGAUAUUACUGCCACCAUUAUUCCAGAAUUUACUUGCGCCGUGAAGGAUAUAGAAGAUAAAGCUAAAGCGUCUGAUAGCUCAACAGAUGUUAGUUCACUGAUUGUUAAGGCUGAAAGUAUGUAUUCACAGUACAAUUACAUUUUAAACACCAAACUUCAAGAUUUUCUGAGUGAAGCUGCUAAUAAGAUUAAUUGGAUUGAGAAAACAAACCUCAAUUUUAUUAAAAGUCUAAAGCUCUUCUCAAAGGGUGGAAACUUUCAUCCGGAGGAAGCUCAUGUUAUAACGGGAGAGUUAGAUAAGUUGAGUGAUGACGUUGAAAAGAAAGGAGCGGCUCUUCGCAAACAGGCCACUGAAAAAGACGCAAGCACCCAGCGCACUGUCAAGGUGGUUUCGGAAAAACUUUUACAUGGGUUGAGAAGUACCUAUGAGGACAUACAUUUUGCUGAAAAAGUAACGUUAGCAAUUAUGAGAGUGCGGGAUUUCAUUAAAAAAGAAGUUAAACACAUGAAGUAUAACCGUAAACUCCUAACUACCAAAAUAGAUGAGAUGCUAACUGUAAUGCCCGAAACCGGCGGAAAAGAUAUUCUUAGUUUCAUAACAGAAUCUUGGCACUCUCUUCUGGAUGCAGCAGAAGAACAUUACAAUCUUCUCGUUCAACCGAUGCCCACGAAUGAGAAUUCAAGUAUUUUUUUAAGAAUAUUGCAGUAUAGUUUCUGUUCGCUCUCGAGGACGAUUUACUGA